AUGUCUGCUUCCCAGCAGCAAAGAACUUGCAAGCACGCCGGAAUGAAGUUCACUGCCAUUAUCGCCGCUCUCUCUGCUGUUGCCAUUGCACAGUCCAACUCCUCCAACGACACCAGCUCCUCCACUAACGGUGUUGCUGUCCAAGGUGUCUCCUACGGUGCUGCUGCCGGUGCUGCUGUUGCAGCCAUGGCCUUCCUGCUCUAG